AUGGAAAACUUCCGCAGUUUGUUUUCAUGCCUUACUCCGUGUUUUGACUGUAUGGAGAGCUCAAGCUUCGAGAAUGUCCCCUAUCCACGUUUCAAUGCAAGUUACCAACCAACAGUCCGAUUAGAUGUUGGUAGAAUGGGAAAGAACGUGGUGAUUUUAAAGGAAGGAGAGAGGAUUUGUGGAAUUGGAGGAGCAAUCGCUACGGUGCCAAUUGUCCAAAACAAAGCUUAUUUUCAAGUUACAGUUCAGCAAACCGGUGAGUAUUUGGGGAAUUGGACUUGGCCAAAAACAAUCACCUUUCGACAAGAUUCCUUGCACCGAAAAAUUCUGGGGCAUUCGAGACAACGGCGAUAUUGGAAAGAGGACCAAGUGAUAGCCAAAAUGGCAAAGACAGUAGAAGAGGGUGAUGUAGUGGGAGUCACUUACGACCACGUGGAGCUCAAAUUCUACGUAAAUGGCAAGCCGGUGGACGAUGUGAUCACAGGAGUGAAGGGGCCGGUCUACCCAAUGGUCUACGUUGAUGACUCUGCCAUUCUCGAUCUCAAAUUCAAAAACUUCACCGAAGAGCCGCCAGCCGGAUUUGGCGAGAUUCUCGUCGAACAAACUAUCCUAUAA